GAAAUGUUCACUUCUGGUACUCUUAGACAGUAUAGGUUGAAGCAUAAGAGAGUUGAUAUUAGAGCUGUGAAGCAUUGGUGCAGGCAGAUUUUGAGGGGGCUUCAUUAUUUGCAUAGCCAUGAGCCUCCUGUGAUCCAUAGAGAUCUCAAGUGUGAUAAUAUUUUUGUUAAUGGGAAUCAAGGGGAGGUUAAGAUUGGUGAUCUUGGACUUGCUGCAAUUCUCAGGAAAUCUCAUGCUGAUCAUUGUGUGGGUAUGCGUUUUUACUGUUAGCUCCAUUUGUUUCGUUGAUUGUUCGAUUUACUUGUUGGAUUUGUAUAGCUUA